CUUUGGCUCCAUCACGAUUCACCUCUAAUCUUAUUACUUUAUCCAUCAUCAUGCUCUUUAUUUAAUUUCCUCAUUUGGGAUGGGUAGGGUAAAGCUGAAGAUCAAGAAACUGGAGAACACGAAUGGGCGUCAAGCCACGUAUGGUAAAAGGAAACAUGGCAUCAUGAAGAAGGCGAAAGAGUUGUCUAUUCUAUGUGAUAUCGACAUUAUCCUCCUCAUGUUCUCACCAACCGGAAAGCCUUCUAUUUGCAAAGGAAAACGCAGCAUUGAAGAAGUCAUUGCAAAAUUUGCCCAACUAACACCCCAUGAAAGGGCAAAAAGGAAGUUAGAAAGCCUUGAAGCACUGAAAAAGACUUUUAAGAAGCUCGAUCAUGAUGUUAACAUCCCUGAAUUUCUCGGCUCCAGUUCUCAAACAGUGGAGGACCUCACAAACCAAUCCAAAUUAUUGCAAAGUCAGCUUUCUGAAGCGCAUAAACGACUGAGCUAUUGGAGUAGUCCAGAUAAAAUUAGCAUAGAACAUCUGGGACAAUUUGAAAAUUCACUCAGAGAAUCACUUAAUCAAAUUCGAGCGUAUAAGGAAUAUUUAGGAAAACAGCAACUUAUGUCACUAGAAUGCAAUAAUCAGUUCCAGAAUGAGAUGCAUAUACCUUUCAAAAUGGGCGCCGAGCAGCAGCUCCCACCUAUGCAAUGGAUUCCUAAUAAUGAUGGUCAACAGAUUGUGUUAUCAGAGGAUCCAAAUCUACUUCAGCACAGGGACGUCGAGUGUUCUGCAAGUUCAUCCUUCGGGAGUUACUCUGGUUAUUUUGGCACCGCAAAAAGUUCAGAGCUAUCUAAUUCCAGUCAAGAGAAUGGUAUGAACGGUAUCCUUAAUGAGUUAAGUGGAACUGCAUCACUGAGGCUGCAGUUGGCUGGGCAAUAUCCUUACAUGCCCUAUAAUAUGGGUUUGAUGAAUGAUACAAAAUUCCAGCCUACUCCAGACAUGAACCUACAAGAAAGCCCUAUGGAUUUUCAUGUUAAUGGAAGUUUUGAAGUUCCGAAAUCUGGAUACGAUACCACCCCUGUCAGUUGGGUUUCUUCAUCAGGACCGUGUGCUGUCACCAUGUUUGAUGAGCAUUUAUUUUCCCGGCAACCAAAUUGAGUUGUCUACUGUUGAGCCGCUGUCGGAGAUGUUGGCCAUGUUUUUAUGCAAAAUUAAACAUCCCCCAUUGAGAGAAGCUGCGGAAUUUGCAAUUGAUUUUUGGCGUUGCAAAGACGAGAAACAGGCAGUGAGAAAUAUAAUAUACAUUAUGGCAUGAAACAGCAAAAUGGUCGGAUGCUGGUCGCCCGUUAGAAAGAUGGAAAGAGGCAUCACUUUUAUGAUAUUCUUCUGUAUACAAACUAUAUAAAUAGUAGAUUUUGCGGAGUAAUCUUUUUUUUGAUACCCUUAAGUGUGUCCUGAGUGUAAAUUAAAACCAUAUAUAUAUAUAUAGCAAUAACUAAUAUAGAAAUUUGUUGUAAGUUCAAAACCUCAUCUAUAUAUUCAUUUUUUUAU